CGAAACCCAAACGCAGGCCUUCCUGACGCACCCGCCUGCCAAUGUCUUUUGACGCAAACAAAAACACCUGACUGGAAGCCUGUCUUCCACUCAGGUUCUGACAAACCUCUUUCUUUUCUUUUUGACUUUCGUUUGUCAAACUGCGGUUUUCUUCUGCAUGCCUUCGUCGAAUCCAUUGUUGCCCACCAUGUCGAAGCCUCACGGAGCUUCCACGUGUGGAAAUCGGAAGCCAAAACGAGUCCUUGUUGUCGGGGCCGGAGCAGCUGGGAUGUCAUGCGCACACCAUCUGGCAGAGCAUCCGGAUCGAUUCGACGUCACCCUGAUCGACGCGGUCGACUACUGCGGAGGCCAGGCUUUUUCAAUCCCAAUCGACAAGGACAAGUACGGCGCGAGCUGGCUCAACCAAGGCGUGCAGGGCGGCAGCUACAUCUUCCACCACACCAUGACCAUGUUCGCGAGACAAGGCUUCUAUGCAGACCCUGUCAAACUGCAGGUCCGUGGUACCCCUUCGUUCUACGCGAAAGCUGCAGUUUACAGACAUCUCUUUGUAGGUAUCCUUCGACAAGGGCGACACGUUCUGGACCAACGUUUUCCCCACGAAGAUGAUCGCGUCGCACCAAAAGGAGGCGGCGCGUUUUCAUACAAUGCUCAAGGUCGUGCGCUGGUUUGAAAUUUUCUUCGCCCUGCUGCCAAUCAAGUAUCUCCUUAAACUAUUUCGAUUCAGUGACGUGUUCGCGAACACGGUGGCGCUGCCCAUGGUAGCUUUGUUCCUGGGUACGGGCAAUUACACGCCGGAUGUGCCUACGAUCAUGCUGGAGAGAUUGUGCACAAGCCCAACGUACGGCAUGUGGUACCCAUCCGACAAACAGAGCAUUGUAAGCAACCUGCCGCCCAUGGUCGUUUUUCCUAAUUUCUCGGUCUUCUAUGACACGUGGAGAAAGGAUCUGGAGAAGAAGGGAGUGCACGUUCGCCUCAGCACCGAGCUCACGGAAGUCAUCAGACGUGACGCAAAAGGCGUGGUCGUCAAGCUGAUCAAACGCACGUCAGUUAAUGACAGACACAACACGGCCAGCGCAUGGGCAACUGAAGGUUCGGUCAGCAAUCAAGACGGCGACGCUGAAGAAGUCGCAGAGGAGUACGACGAGCUCGUGCUCUGCCUACUAACCGAUGUCGCCAAACGUGUCCUCGGCAAGACCGCCUCAUUCCGUGAGAGGAGGAUACUAGGCGCCGCCAAAUUCGCAGACGACAUCACUGUAACGCAUAACGAUGCCGAUUAUAUGAAGAAGCACUACGAGACGUUCUUUGAUGACGACAAGGCCGUCGCACAUCUCUCAGGCACGGACCACAGCAAGCGUGUCGAAAUGGCGAAAAAGGAUUUCAGACCCAUGUACCUAAUCAAGUGCUACGGUGAGGACAGGACAAAGCUGGAAAUGUGCUUCGACUGCUCCAACUACCAGGCCCAGUUCCCGCCACAGCUUGACUUCGAAAGGCACGUCUUUCAGACCAUAUUCCUGAAUAAGAAGCGCGAUGGCAAGCUCUGGACCAUCGACGAGAUCAACCCUGACAAGAUUAUCCGGAAGGACUGGUGGCACCAGCUGUGCCACUCAUGGACGCAUUACCUCUUCGUCGUGCCCUGGAUGUGGCUGUUGCAGGGCAAGAAGCAUACACGCUUCGCGGCCUCGUGGACGCUCGUCAACGCUCAUGAGGUUGCCUGCAUCUCCGCCAUCUCCGCCGCCGUCAGCCUGGGCGCCGACUAUCCUGCCGACCUAGAGAGGGACGGGUUCGCGUUUCUGUGCUUCCGACUAUAUCACCUGUUGCAGCACGGGACGUGGUACCGACGCAGGGUCACCAAAGAAAACAGAAACGGCCCAGGUGCAGAGUACGCAAGCGGCCUGUAUGGAAGCGUUUACAACGGGCCUGGCGUGAAGGCCACCGAGAGGAACAUGUGGAGGGAGGAGCGCGAGGCUGGCCGCAGCUGGUGAUGUCGCGUCCAAUCUCGAGGAAUGGAUGACGUUGGCGGCAGUGUUGUGGUGAAUGUGUUGGUACGAGAGGACUUGGUGGCCUCAGAGACUGGAAACUCACCGUGGAAGUAUUACUUGCUCGUACGCAGUGUAACUUGGCACAAUGUACAUAUACCGACACCAUGUUGCGCAUCGCGAAGGCUUCCCUCGCGCGUGAAGAAGGCAGGGUCUGCUCUCCUCCGACUAGUUUCUCUGCCCGUCGUCGCCCAGAGGACCAUGUCAACCAGGUUCCAAGGUAUGCGCAAUUUGGAUCAGCAGGCGCCAGGUCGCGAGAUCGGGGUUGAAGCAACGUGUUCUUAAAUGCAACCCAGCGUAGCAAAACGUCUAAAGAAACCUGCCCUCCAUCCGGAAGCCGCCUCCAGCUCGAGACCGGAGUGCACAUGAGUGCUGCAAGAGAAAUACGUGGCUCUAUGAACCUAAGAAGCUUGUGAGGGACAAAGAAUCAUGUCGAGCACGGCACCGCUCCGAACGAAGAAGAGGAAAAAGAAAAGAAUAGACCAUUCUUCGUAUUCGGGGAGGGGGGACUACGGCUCCGGUGUACCAAGCCUAAGUACAAAAGAAGAUGUAAUUUCAGCACAUGUCCACGUUCGCUCAACAGACACGCGCACAACUACACAUCACGUGUUUAAACCUCACUUCCUGCCCCGACGCCCUGGCUCGUUUGAAUACGGAAGAAAAAAAAAUUUUUUUUAAAAAAAUGGUUUCAGACAUAGAAAACGCAAAGGCCUCAGUCUGGCAGGCGUGAGAACGUCUCCCCUUCAAUAAAGCGGCAGCGGGCAGCGGGUAGCGGCGGCAGCAGCAGCAGCAGCAGCGAGACAAGAAGGGCAACCGCAUGACAUAUGAACAGGUCAAAAGAAACUUACACAGAGGUCCGUGAAGCGUGACAAGACGUCGCAAAAAUAGAGAAAAUACAAAGAGGCGGCUGGUGAGAUAUGGGAUAUAAUCGCGAAGAAAAAAAAAGGGUUUGGGGGGGUAGGGAGUGUGGGGAAGGGAGGUAGAGAGGAUAGCGG